CAGGGAGCAUAAGAAACUAGCCGUUGCAGCUUGCCACGACUAACGACCUCUUCCUCUCCUUAACGUUCGAAUUCCACAAACGCAUUUUUUUUUCCUCGCGCUUUAUAUCCCUGCUCCUUCUUCGCUUUCUCUUCUAUCCUCACCGGCGUGCGAUUGAAUUCGGCUGAGAAAAGCGCAGUAAUGGCUACUCCAGCAAAAAGAUACCCAGCCCCCAGAUGCCAACCGUCGGGAUUCAGGAAGCUCUCAACUCAAGGCCGAAGACCGUUGUUGAAGCCUCGCGAAACAAAGAAGCUCGCGAAGGGGAUCGAGUUGUCCCCAAAGGGCGCUUGUUUUUUCACUCCGGAGAAGAAGAAGAGUUCUGCAACUCUUGAAAAGGGGGAAUUGGAAACAGGAGGUGCGGGUUUGGAGGAUAAGGAGUUGGCGGGGAGGUCGAAAGCGAAUGCUUUAAGGCGAUCCAUACUGGAAGAGGCGAUGAACAGCCUGCCUGCGCAUGGGGCAGGGCGCGUCAUGUACAUAGUCAAGACUUUCGAUUGGCUUCAGUCGAUUCCAACGGAAGCAGAGGAAGAAGAGGAAAAGAGAAAGGUGAAGAAUUGGGCAUUGCCCGGGUUGGAGUUUCGUCCGAAGGCCAAGUUGAGUGAUCUAUCACCUUUGCCUGUAUCAUGUUCGGCAGAAUGGAUAGCUGAAGAACGAGGUUCAGCAGAGGACUCAUUGGUGAAGAACAAGGAUAAAAGAGCAAGCAGUGGAACCCAUGAAUCUGGUGAAGGGCAAAGGAGCAACCAAAAUAGCAAGGCUUUAUCAAAAAGAAGCAGGAACACUAGACCUAAAGUGGAAAGUCCACCGCCUUCCAAAUUAAGGACAAGGUUUCCAACUGCAAAAGCUUCCUUGAGCAAAUCAAAAUGGAAAAAGAAAGACACCUGAAGAUGAAAGAUGACAACGAAGCCAGAAGACAUCCAAAAGUAUUUGUACCAGGUGCCUUAAAACUCUGAACCAAUGAAGGUCUUUCAACUAUGUUGAUUCUCACAAGAAGAUUGGGAAAUCCUUAAAGAUCAAAAUUAGUUUGCUCCACGUAUUGAAGUCCUGGGAUUAUGAAACAACACGAUGUAUAUGACCUUUUUUUUUGGGGUUUUCUGUUUAAAGUCAUUGAAAAUGACAGAUAUUUUGUUUUGAUAAAUUUCUUGGUAGCAUUUCACCAAAAGAAUUUUGCUUAUCAAGCUGCCCAACAGUGGAAUUUAACAAUUUAAUACUU